AUUCGCCCCAAUCCCACCCUUCCACUUCCCCCACUCUCUCUCUCCAAAACGCAAACACACACUCUCUCUCUCUCUUCAGAAGAAACCCACUACGCUCUGUUUCUCCAGUUUCAGUGAGCGUGUGAAAUGGCUCCACUACUGAGGCCGCUCUUCUGCAUUGCUGCUCUGGUCUCGCUUGUUGGUUUCGCUAGCGCCAGGAUCCCCGGAGUUUACUCCGGCGGCCAGUGGGAGACCGCCCACGCCACCUUCUACGGCGGCAGCGACGCCUCUGGCACCAUGGGUGGGGCGUGUGGGUACGGAAACCUGUACAGCCAAGGCUACGGGGUGAACACGGCGGCGCUGAGCACGGCGCUGUUCAACAACGGGCUGAGCUGCGGCGCGUGCUUCGAGCUCAAGUGCGACAACGACCCCCAGUGGUGCCACCCGGGCAGCCCGUCUAUACUGGUGACGGCCACCAACUUCUGCCCGCCCAACUUCGCCCAACCCAGCGACAACGGCGGCUGGUGCAACCCGCCCCGUCCCCACUUCGACCUCGCCAUGCCCAUGUUCCUCAAGAUGGCCCAGUACAAGGCCGGUAUCGUCCCCGUCGCUUUCCGCCGAGUGGCGUGCAGAAAGGAAGGAGGGAUCAGGUUCACGAUCAACGGCUUCAGCUACUUCAACUUGGUUUUGGUCAGCAACGUUGCGGGCGCAGGGGACAUCGUGAGGGUCAGCGUCAAAGGAGCCAACACCCAGUGGAUGCCCAUGAGCCGCAACUGGGGGCAGAACUGGCAAUCCAACGCCGUCCUCGUCGGCCAGGCCUUGUCCUUCCGAGUCACGGCCAGUGACCGCCGCUCCUCCACCUCAUGGAACGUGGCACCCGCUCAUUGGCAGUUCGGCCAGACUUUCAUGGGCAAGAACUUCCGCGUCUGAAAAUUUGGAAGGAAAAAAAAUUCCAGUUUUCCCGCCUUCUGUUUUUUCUCUUUUUUCUCGGGAAAAUCUGAAGGAAAGUGGGCGAUUAGCAAUAGUAGAAGAAAAAGGGUGAUAGGUUUAGAAAAGUGGAUUUGUGGUAACUUUUUAUAAUUCCACUUUAGUUUUUUACUACUACUUUUUGACUUGUUUGGUUUUGGGGUGGGGUUUAAGUGAGAACCAGCAAAAGCUGAGGUGGCUGCAUGAAAUUACAAAAAAAGUAUUGUAGCCCGCAGCUAUAAUGAUAUAUCUAUCAUGUUUUUAUUGUUAUGAUAUGAUAUCCCCAUAUAGUAUUGGGUAUUGUUCUAUUUUGUAAUAGAUGUUUGAGAUUGACGUGUUAAAAUGUUGAUGGUUUUAAAA